GAGGAAGGAGUGGGCGAGUGAGGUGACCAGGCCGAGGAGGUUGCGUUGAUCCUCGUUCUUCUUCUUUGGCUUGCCGCGUUUAGUUGUAGUGUUGUUCUUGGGAGAACCCAGAAAAACCACCGCGAACCCAGAGACGUCCGUCACUCUUUUCCGACCUCUUUUUCCGCAAAACCCAAAAGGAAUGAGCAAGCGAGGAGGCGCCAAGAGUGCAUCAAACACAACAAUCAACCCGAAGGCAGUAUUGAAGCUCGAGCACUUGCAGCGGCUAGCUUUAUGGAGCGGUGGGGAAGCUUCUAUUCCUUCUCUGGGGGCCUUGUUUGGGCAGAAGCUAGCUUCUACUCAAGAGGCUCUGCAGGUUCCCCCUGACCCUUCUCUUGUUUCUUGUCAGAGAUGUGAAACAAUCCUUCAGCCUGGCUUCAACUGCACUAUUCGGAUUGAAAAGAAUAGAGCAAAGGCACGGCGGAGAAGUAAGAAGCCUGCUAACUUUACUUUCACUCAGAACAAUGUAGUGUAUACAUGUCACUUCUGUUCUGAACGGAAUGUCAAGAGAGGGACUUCACGCGGACAUAUGGAAGCCAUAUGCCCUCCAAAGAUAAAAAAAGCUUCAGAUUUCAAACCUGCUAAAUCCAUUUCCCAGACGUUUGUUACCCCGAAGAAGAGCACUGCACGUGACAAUAAUGUAGGUAAAUUGAAAACCAAAACUCCAAAUGUGGAUGCAGAGGUUUCUACUGUGAAUAAGUGCACCACUUCUUCAACAUUAGAAGAAGAGAAUCCCAUUUUGGACAUUCCCACAACUCCAAUGGUGAAGCCCGUAAUCACUCUGUUAGACUCGAAGAGAAAAAGGAAAAACAAAUCGGCCUCCAAGAAACAAGCUGAACCCGAAAACAGUCUUGCUGCCCCAGAAAAUGCAGAUAACUCCGCCAGCACUACAAACAAGCGAAGGAGAAAGUCAUGGACUAGCUUGAAGGAACUCGCUGAAAGAAAUGAGCAGAAGAAAAAUAUCAGUGAUCUUUCAAUCCCUUUCUUUAUGUAAUUGGCAUGAUACCUCAGUGUACCCCGGAACAUCAAAUUUUGAAUGAGAGACAAUAUUUCCCUUAA